AUGUCGCACUCCUCCCGCAAGGAUGAGGAAAGACGUUUCGAUACUGCACGGGGCUCGCACUACAUAUCUGAGGAAAUUGAUUUUGAAGACGACAACCGCGACCACACUUGUCAGCGCCAUGAUUACGAUGAUCGUAGAAGGGAGGACCGUGAGCGAGAGGAUGAGCAUGAACGUGAGCGACAACUCAAACGUGAGCACUAUCACGAAACACAUUCCACCAAAGCGAUACAGCGAGAGUAUGCCGGCACCGAAAUCUAUCCGCCGAAUGAUGCCAGGGACAGGGACUUCCUGAAUGCAGCAUUAACACGUCGAAACACGAGAACGGAUGGAAAUGAUGAGCUGUUCGCCCUGAACGAGAUACGUGCCGGAAAACUCUCGAGGGAGAGCGAAGCCCACAUGGCCAGCUCAGGGCGGCACAGAGUCCAGGUGAGAGACUUCGCCUACCCUGAGAAUGACCACAGACAUCACCAGCCGGGAAACCCCAAUCGAAGACCAUCUCUUGACCGAGACGCUAUCACGCGUUGGAACAGGGAGAGAAAGGGCAAGGGGCGAGAUGAAGAGUGGUAG